UCUGGCGCCUUUCUGUUGCUCACAUUCUCUUGGCAUAUACCAGUGUUUCUCGAUUGCCAGGUCCAUUUCUUAUAGAAAAAAGAAUUUACCAGGCUGUGGUCUGACAAAGGUUGAGAACCACUGGCAUAUGUGAUUAAUUCAUUCCCACUAUCAUAGUAUUUGUCCUAACACAAGCAGGCCAGUCAUAAGAUAAUAGAAAAAUAAUUAAAUUUAAAAGGAAGAUUAAUUGUUAGGACUUUUAUGUUGAUAGUAACUUCAGGCAUAGUUUGCCAUUUCUUGUGCACCUGAGGUUGUCAGAACUCCAGAAGCCAAAUGCCAAGUGGGAAAUUUGUCUCCCUCCUUAGGUAAAAGCCUACUCAGUUUGGUCCAAUCAAUAGAACUGGGCCCUGUCUCUGGAGAUAGGUUCUAGCUCUUUCAUUUGGGACCAACUGAGUAGCCUUUUACCUGAGAAUGGAGACAGAGUUCAGUCUUUGCAGUAAAAAGAAGACCAAGGAUCCACUUAGAAACAAAAAGCUUAUCAAGAAUUUCACUUUCUGUUUUCCAUGGCUGUGAACACGGUUCUUCUGGAUUUCUCGGUGACCUCAACAAAACUUACCAGUGCAGAGGAAAGUAGAAGCCUACAGGAUGACAUGGAAGCAGUGUUAGCAAAUUACAUACCUGGAUUGAAAAGGCAGCAGAUGUUCAGUUUUGCAGGCAGUUUCAUUGUCCUACUGACAGGUGACAGAGGGACUCAUGUCACUCUCCGAGGUUUCCCACAGGGCCUGGUAACAUGCAACAUUGAGUAUUACAAGGAAGAUAAGGAGAAGCCUCUACUUUUGUUUGAGUCAGUUCGCAAACUUGAAAAGGACUUAGGUGAGAAACUCAGCAGCAAGAGGUGCCAUUCAAUUCCAGCCUUGAAACGUGGGGAUCACAUAGAUAGAUAUUUCCCAACAGCAGAUGAACGUAUAUUGGAGUAUGACAUUGAUAAAGUUUUAUAUGAGGAGAAGUCCCCAUAUCAGAAAAUUCUGAUUGUUCAUUCCCGAAGUCUGGGUAACUUACUUAUCCUGGAUGACUUGCAAAACAUGUCUGAAAGUGAUCUGAUCUACACAGAAACACUGAUGCAGCGGGGAAAAGAAAAUUAUGAGGGAAAAGAGAUUGUCAUUCUAGGGGGUGGAGAUGGAGCAUUGUUGUGGGAAUUGCUGAAGGAGAAACCAAAAUUUGUUUAUAUGUUGGAGAUUGAUGAGUUGGUGAUGAAAGCCUGCAGCAAACAUCUUCGAAGUUGUUGCGGAGAUUGUUUAGACAAAUUAAAGGGCGAUAAUUAUGAGAUUAUUGUCGAUGACUGUGUAGAAAUAUUAAAGCAGUUCAUUGCAGAAGGUCGCAAGUUUGAUUAUGUAUUUGGGGACUUGACUGACAUCCCUUUAUCAGCGACCCCACAGGGAGAAAUAUGGGACUUCAUAAGGCUCAUUCUCAACUCUUCAAUGAUGAUUCUAAAGCCACAGGGGAAGUACAUGACACAUGGAAAUGGAGCAUCUUGUCCAGAAUCUCUAAGAAUGUUUGAAGAGCAGUUACAGAAACUUAAUGUUCCUGUGGAAUUCUCCAGAGCACAUGCUUUUGUGCCAUCCUUUAUGGAAGACUGGGUGUUUUAUCAGGUGUGGCAGAAGCAAAACUAGCAGACAGCUAGCAACAUACUGAUAUACAGUAAGGAGAGUGUUAAGAACCGUUUUUGUAGGAGAGUAAUGAUCCCAUCAGGUAUUGAUUUAUGCAGUUUGUCAGAUCAUGUAACAGAGAAAUGUCAAUGGAAUUUAGUUGUGUUGUUAAAAAAUAAGAUGUCAUACAGUUGGUUGCAUUGCACCAGAAAGGACAAAUUUUCUAAUUUUGUACACUGGCUGGGAAGUAGCAAAAUUUACGAUUUGUCAAGGUGGCCUUGGGAAAUGAGAUAACAGUGAAUUCUGAUUGUGGGAGGAAGAGGAGAGGACAAAGAUAAGAAUUCUGAAUUUACAGGUAAACAAGAUGAGGAUGAUCUGUGAUUUGACUAUAUUUAUGAAGAAGAAGGAACUUAGCCACAUGAAGUAACCAAUUAUGGCUGGAAGUACUGCCAGUUAAAAUUCCUUUUAUACUGUGUAUAAAAUAAUCUUAAUUUUUGUAAAAUUGACUACAGAACCAUUACUUCUUUCACCCCCAUCUGUCUCUCACACAGAUGCCAUAUUAUCACUGCAUUUCAAACCAUCAGUAUAAAUGUCAUGAAAGUACUAGCUUCCUACCUUGUUCUGUCUGGUAACAGGAUCUGUGAAUGGCAAGCAGACUUAUUAACAUGGGUCAGUACUGACAUUUAAGAAGAACAGUGCCUCCAACUUCAGGGUAAAAGCAACCCAGAUUUGGAAGUCUUAUUUCACACUAAACAACAUCUUUAGUAGUUGGUACCAUUAAAUAGCCCACAAAACAACCUCUUAACACUUUGCGGACCGCACACCCUUUAAAAGGUUUUUCGCUUUUAAACAUGACGAACCAUUCGCGUGUUAACAGGCUUUUAGAACACAAUAAGUUGCAACACACUAUACAUAGCUCUGGCGCCACCUACAUUGCACGCAACCGCCUGCAGAUGCGUGAUAAGU